GACAAUGAGACGUUCGCAAUGUAAUAGGGAGAGCACAACUCGGUAUUACCAGACAUAUGGCAAUGUUGAACCUAUAUGAAGUAUCAAGAGCAGACAGAACAUCUAACCUGCAUACAAUAUAACGUAUCAGUGCUUGUUAACAACAUACUCUUUCCGUCUCCUGGCUUACAACUUUUUUGCUUUGAACUCGCCCCGGUUACAAUAAGUGUACUUUUAUGACCCUGCGCUCCUGACUGCAAUGGAGGUCUACGACGAACUCCUUCGCUGGGCAGAGGACCGUGGGAUCGAGCUCCAUGGGGUCGCACCUCGAUCAAUUCCCGGAAGGGGGAUGGGCAUGGUCGCCACGAAACCGCUCAAGGCCAACGAACGCAUUCUCCUUGUCCCUACAUCCGCUCUCCGCAGCCUCGACACAGUCCGGACCCAGGUCAAAACGAAACUCGCCAAAGACACCAAAGCCCACGCCAUCCUCGCCGCCGACCUGACCAUGGACAAGCCGACGUCCAAAUACAGCCCCUGGAACGCCGUGGUCCCCUCCCGGGAGUCCAUCUCCAGCAGCCUACCCCUAGCCUGGGAUGCCCGUCUGCACCGUUACCUCCCCAAGCCGGCCCUGGCCCUCCUCCGCGCUCAAGAAUCCAAAUUCGCCCGCGACUGGGCCGCCAUCCAGCAGUCGUCCCUCUUCUCCCCGUCCAUCACCCGCCAGGACUUUCUCUAUACCUGGCUGCUGGUCAACACACGCACCUUCUACCACGAGAACCACCGCACCGCCAAGCUGCCCAAGGACGACCGCAUGGUGCUGCAGCCCGUGGCUGACCUCUUCAACCACGCCGACGCCGGCUGCGAGGUCGCCUUCACGCCCGCCAGCUUCACCAUCACGGCCGACCGUGCCUACGCCGAGGGCGAUGAGGUGUUUAUCUGCUACGGCAACCACCACAACGAUUUCCUGCUGGUCGAGUACGGCUUCGUGCUCGCCCACAACCGGUGGGACGAGGUGUGUCUCGACGACGCCAUCUUGCCCGAGCUGAGCGACGGGCAGAGGGACUUGCUGGAGGAGAAGGGUUUUUUGGGCAAGUACGUGUUGGAUGCGAGGACGGUGUGCUACAGGACGCAGGUGGCGCUGAGGCUGCUGUGUAUAUCGACUGAGGAGUGGGAGGCGUUGGUCGAUGAAGGUGAGGAUGGCGGCGAGGAGUUGCAAGACAAAGUUGAUAGGUCAUUGGGGAGGAUAUUGAGGAAGUAUCGCGGCGUUGUAGAGGGCACGAUCAAGGAGCUCAAGGCCGUUGAAGCAGGGGAAGCUGGCCAACGAUACAUGCUGAGUAUGAGGUGGCAGCAGAUCAGGGGGUUGAUAGACCGGACAAUUGCACGCCUUGAGUCUUGAGUGUUUCCGUGAUCUUCGUCCGCUGUCUCGUUCUAGAUGGGCAGUGUGAGACACCCAGCUAUG